AUGCACGUCGUCGCUUACAAGUCAGCCCCGCCCCCGGCGAACCCGCCCCGGGUCGUGUCGCUCAGCCCAUCCCUCGGCGGAUGCACGAGCCCCAGCCCUUUCGUCGAUGAUGACGAUGGCGUGCACAGGCCGGCUUGGCUCGCCACUCUGGUCUUCCUGCUCCCUGGCCAGCGUCGUGUCGACGUGUCGUCGACUCUGCGCGAGCACGUAGAUAUGCCGUAUUGGAUCCCGUACUGGCGCCUCACCCAACCAGCGCAUGGCCUGUCGGACGAGCUGUCAGCCCGGCCGUUGCUGGCUGUGUUUCGGUUUGUGCGGUUCGUCAGGUUCUACGUGGCGUCCGCCUACUGUGACACCAAGUUUGUGCUGAAGACGUCGGACGACUACCUCUGGGGCCAAGUUCUCUCGUAUGAGCGCUCGUCGGCGAUCUCGUUGGUGGAUGACGGUGAUGUUCUUUUGGAGCCAGGCUCCCCUUACGUCUGUAUCGUGGCUGUACGCGACUACGAGAACGACCGUUGCGAUCCCGCUGGAUGA